UGUUCCAAAUCUAUUUUAACCCGAACUCGUUUUCUUAAUCUCCUAGGUUUAAAAUAAAUACGCUAGUCCAAAAAUUGGCACCAAAUUUAAAAUUUUAAAAGGCCCAAAAUUUCAAAUCUUCAUCAUCUAUUAACAACUUAAUCCGUAUCACUACAUACAAAUUUCAUCUUAUUGUUACCAUCAAACCCUAAAAUCAUGUUCGACGAUCCAUUCUUCAGAGCCUAUCUAUCCCGUCCGGUCCAGCAAAACCACCGGUCCACCUCACCGGAAGUAAUACAAAUACCGGUUCACUUCUUUUCAUCCAAACAACCACAAAAACCCUCAUCACUAUCCACCAAAUCAGCAGCAGCCUUGAAGAUUCAGUCACUGUUCAGAGGAUUUCUAGUGAGAAAAAGCGUGAACAAGAUCUCGUCAAUCAGAAAUCAGGUAUGUGAAGCUGAAACCAGCGCUGAAUUGAUUCGAACAGAUGUGAAGGAGCGGUUGAGAGUGAAUGAAACCCUAAUGUUGUUGCUGUUGAAGCUGGAUUCGAUUCGAGGUGUUGAUUUCGGUGUUAGAGAGUUCAGAAAAGCUGUUAUUAAUAAAGCGAUUGCGGUACAGGAGAUUCUAGAUUCAGUUGUGGAUGAAUCAGUUAGAACUGUAACCAAACAGGUUACUGAUACGGAUUCUGUGAUGAAUGUUGAUGGUGUAGUUGAUGUAACAGUGGACAAUGUGAAUGUUGUGGAUUCGGUUGUUAAUGAUACGAUUAGAUCUGAUGAAACCGUUGAGAUUGAUUGUGGAACUGUAACCGAACGGGUUACUGGUACGGAUUCUGCGAUGAAUGUUGAUGGUGUAGUUAAUGUAACAGUUGAGGAUGUGAGUGUUGUGGAUUCGGUUGUUGAUGAUACGAUUAGAUCUGGUGAAACCGUUGUGAUUGAUUGUGGAAUUGUAACCGAAAAUGCUACAGUGGAAGAUGUGAAGGAGAUUGAUGUGAAUUGUGAUUCGGUUGAAGUGAUAGAUGAUAGGAAUAGAAGUAUACAACUUUUGGAGAAGUUGAUUGAUGAUAAUGAGAAGAUGACAUCACUAAUGACGCAGAUGUUUGAGAGGGAUGAGAUGCAGACUCGGAUGAUUAACUCGCUGAGUCGAAGAGUUGAACAACUGGAGAAGACUUUAAAACCGCGAAAGAAGAAGAAGAAGAUGAUGCAUUCUGUAUAAAGGAUAAAAGGUACUGGAUUGUUUGUUCAUAUGCACCAUUCAUUGUUGCUUCUCAUCUGCUCUAUUAAUUGAAUGCUUAAUGCUUAACAGUAGAUUUUAGUCUAUCAAGUUGGGUUUGAUUGAUUUGGUUUCCAGUAUUUUUGAAGAUGUUAAGAGUUCAAAACUUUGAAUUUAGAUGCAUCUUAAUGAGAGAAAUUGGAUAGUGAUGACGGUUUAUGUGGUGGUUUGGAUGAAAAGGAGUGAACCGGUAUUUGUAUCUCAAAAGAAUUAAAGAGAUAAGAAAUGUUUUAUAGUUUUCUUAA